UAUGGCUGUAAGGUAACAGCGGAAGGCUUUUCUUACCUGGCUUCAGCUCUGAGGUCAAACCCCUCACAUCUAAGAGAUUUGAGUUAUAAUCUCACAAGAGUCGCAAGAAAGAAGAUGCUUUUUGCUCUUUUGGAAGAUCCACACUACAGACGGGACAAACACUGUCUUAUGCAGGUAAGAUGUGUGUGCAGGAUGUGAUGUGUUUGAAGCUUGAUGCCAUGGAUUUACUCGACAUUGUGUCAGCUUGAGUUGAGCCGAAUCACACAUUGAAGUCAUCAUGAAAUCAAAAAUGUCACAUUACUGUACGUCACGUCAGGGCUAUAUUUCAACAGUUUUUUGCUCUCUUUUUAACUUAACAGAAGAGAAAAUGUAAAUAUUAACUCGACUCUUUGUCUUGAGCCAGUGAAAUAUCAAAACACGUCUUACAAACAAACAUUACAGUUGUGCAUUUUAAGACAAAACAAUGGCACGGCUCUAUUUUAAGACAUGUCAGUGCAAGCAGUUUUCAGUUUAGACAGCCCAUUCCGUAUAGGAACCAGAGAUCCUGAAAAGCCAGUUUUAGUUGUUUUCUGAGAUAACACACACACAGUCUUUGUGUAUAAAAGCAAAGUGAAAGGAAUUCUAGUUGCUCUGUUCAACCUGACAGGACAUGAUUUUCAGUUUUCCUCAUGUUUACAUGCAGCUGUUUCAAAUCUAGUGAAGGACGAUGGCAUCUGCUCAGUCUCAGGAAACACUGGUGCAAGAUGCUCCAGUCCAGAUGGACAGCUCUUCUUCUCACACAGGACUCAAUGUUGAGAUGAAAGCUGAUAGAAGUGCAACUUUAAAUGCUCCUGUACUUACUGGAAACACCAUAUCAGGACCAGUAAACAUCAACUACAUCUCAAACCCUGCAGGGCAACAAGAAUCCUCAGAGACAGCUGGAAAACACACAGAAAAACAAGAUGAUUUAUUGCUGCAAACAUUUUUGAAAAGUCACAAAUCCAACAUGAAGGAAAAGGCAGAGCAUAUUUUUGAUGUCAAAAAGGAAGAAGAAACUUAUCUCAAGGAUGUUUUCACGGAGCUCUUUAUCACAGAGGGUGAUAUUAAAGGAGUGAAUGAAGAACAUGAGAUUAUACAGAUGGAUGAAGCUUUCAAGAGCAAAAAGCAACAGGACAGACCAAUCCACUGCAAUGAUAUCUUCAGUUCAUUGAGAAAAAAUACGACAAAGAGAAAGAUUGUUCUGACCAAAGGCAUCGCUGGCAUCGGAAAAACGGUCUCUGUGCACAAGUUCAUUCUGGACUGGGCUGAAGGAAAAGAGAAUCAGGAUAUAGACGCCAUGUUCCUGCUUCCAUUCCGGGCGAUCAAUUUGAUUAAAGAAGAAAAGAUCAGUCUACAUCAGUUUCUGAGUAAAUUUUAUCCGGAGUUGAAAGAAAUUGAAAAAACAAAUGUAUAUAAGAAGUGUAAUCUUGCAUUUAUCUUUGAUGGACUUGAUGAGAGUCGACUGCCUUUAGAUUUUGAAAGUGAAAUGGUGACUGAUGUUGAUGAAAAAUCAACUGUGGAUGAAUUGUUCACAAGUCUCAUCAAAGGUCAUCUGCUUCCAUCAGCUCUUGUCUGGGUGACCUCACGACCAGCAGCAGCCAAUCAAAUCCCUUCAGAGUAUGUAGGUUUGUUCACAGAGGUGCGAGGAUUCACUGACCAACAGAAGGAAGAGUACUUCAGAAAGAGAAUCAAAGAUGAGUCUCAGGCCUCUAGAAUUAUCUCACACAUCAAGACAUCUCGUAGUCUCUACAUCAUGUGCCACAUUCCUGUGUUCUGUUGGAUCACGGCUAUUGUUCUUCUGGAAACUCUCAUUGAGAACAACACAGAGGACAUUCCCACAACACUCACUGAAAUGUACAUCCACUUCAUACUAAUACAGAUGAACAUGAAGAACAGGAAACAUGAUACAAAAGUCGAAAGAAACCAUACUAAGCUGUUGGGUUCAAAUAAAUCAAUGGUUUUAAAAUUGGCCAAGCUAGCUUUUGAACAACUAAAGGAAGAAAACACAAUGUUCUAUGAGGAAGAGCUGAAGAAGUGCGGUAUUGAUGUGAGUGAAGACUUGACUGAGUCCACAGGAAUGCUCACCGAGAUCUUUAAGAAAGAAGCUGGACUUCAUGAGGUGAAGACUUUCUGCUUUGUGCAUCUGAGCGUUCAAGAGUUCCUCGCUGCGCUACAUGUGUUCUUCAAUUACCUGAACAAGAACCUGAAGGAGCUUAAAUUUUUCUUAAACCACAAAUUUAGGUUCUGCUUAAAAAAAAUCCUGCGAAACGUUACUUUGCAUGAGCUACUAAACAAUGCUGUUGCUAAAGCAAUGCAGAGUGAGAGAGGACAUUUAGACCUUUUUUUGAGGUUUCUUCUGGGCAUUUCACUGGAAUCCAAUCAGAAACUGUUGAAUGGCUUGUUUAGGCCUGAGAACAGCACAGAGAGCAUCAGAAAAGUUAAAGAACACAUUAAACAAUUACAAAACCACAACAUCUCAGCUGAGGCUUCAGUCAACCUGUACUACUGCCUACUAGAGCUAAAAGAUAAAUCAUUACACGAGGAAAUCCAGCGGUACCGGAGUUCAGGCAGAGAUUCAGGAAGAGAACUCUCAGCUUCAAUGUGUUCAGUGUUGACUUACAUACUGCUGAUGUCAGAGGAGGUGAUGGAUGAGUUAAACCUGAAUAUGUACAAAACAUCACCUGCAAACUACACGAGACUAAUCCCAGCUGUGAGAUGCUGCAGAAAAGCCAUAUUGAGAGACUGUGAUCUCACUGCUGAGUGCUGUGAAAGUGUAUCAUCAGCUCUACAGUCAUCAAACUCUCCUCUGACAGAACUGGACAUGAGUGACAAUCAUCUACAGGAUUCAGGAGUGAAGCUGAUCUCUGAUGGACUGAAGAGCACAAACUGUAAACUGGAGACACUGAGAUUGUUAAACUGUGAUCUCACUGCUGAGUGCUGUGGAAGUGUAUCAUCAGCUCUACAGUCAUCAAACUCUCAUCUGACAGAACUGGACAUGAGUGACAAUAACCUACAGGAUUCAGGAGUGAAGCUGAUCUCUGAUGGACUGAAGAGCCCAAACUGUAAACUGGAGACACUGAGAUUGUUAAACUGUGAUCUCACUGCUGAGUGCUGUGGAAGUGUAUCAUCAGCUCUACAGUCAUCAAACUCUCAUCUGACAGAACUGGACAUGAGUGACAAUAACCUACAGGAUUCAGGAGUGAAGCUGAUCUCUGAUGGACUGAAGAGCCCAAACUGUAAACUGGAGACACUGAGAUUGUACGGCUGUGAUCUCACUGCUGAGUGCUGUGGAAGUGUAUCAUCAGCUCUACAGUCAUCAAACUCUCCUCUGACAGAACUGGACAUGAGUAACAAUAACCUACAGGAUUCAGGAGUGAAGCUGAUCUCUGAUGGACUGAAGAGCCCAAACUGUAAACUGAAGACACUGAGAUUGAGUGUCUGUGAUCUUACUGCUGAGUGCUGUGGAAGUGUAUCAUCAGCUCUACAGUCAUCAAACUCUCCUCUGACAGAACUGGACAUGAGUGAAAAUGACCUACAGGAUUCAGGAGUGAAGCUGAUCUCUGAUGGACUGAAGAGCCCAAACUGUAAACUGGAGAUAUUGAGAUUACCUCACUGUAAGGUGACAGAGGAAGGCUAUUGUUGUCUGGCGUCAGCUGUGAAGUCAAACCCCUCACACAUAAGAGAACUGGAUCUGAGCAACAAUCAUCCAGGAAAUGAAGGAAAGAAGCUGCUCUCUGAUCUACUGAAAGAUCAACACUGCAGACUGGAGAAACUCAGUUUAUAGGGGUAAAUUCCUGACAUGUGGGAGGUCUUUUUAGAUUCUGAAAUGAUCAUGAAGGAACUUGCCCGAUUAUUUCAGGUAUUUAUUACCUUCCUUCUGCCACAAUUCUGAUGUCAUUUCUCCUCAUUCCACUCCUCCCCUAAUCGAACUGACCUCGUGUCAUUCAGUUGUGUAUUGUGGAGGGCUUUAGCUCAGAGCUCGAACCAAGUCUCUGGACCAAACGCUUGUCUGUUGUGCAGGAAGAUGCUCUGAGAAGCGACUUGUUUUCAAGCAGAUCUCUCUCUCUCAACACCAAAGUAACAAAGUGAGAUGUGUUAAUCUUCACACAUAUAUGUCUACAUGUACAGUGUAUAGGAAGGCCUAUAUGAUAUAUAAAAAAUGCAAACCAUGUAUGAAGAUAUACAGUAGGUGGAUUGUGUGGAUCUCGCAUCAAAGCUUAAUGUGAGCAAACAUGGAAUUCAGGUGACAUGAUAAACAGAAACAAUGAACAAUGACUGAACACUCUUUUCCAAAAACAGCAGACAGGUAACACACUUAAUGUAACAUUUUCAACAGAAAGAUCAUUUGGCCCGGUACUUACAUUAGUUAUUUUGAGAGAAUACCUAACACAGAGAGAAUAUGAUUUCCUUAACAUUAAAUAAUUAUUAAGUGAAAGGUAAUGACGAAUAAUUGCUCCAAAUAUCCAUUGUGUUUAUAUUGUGGUGUAUAGUUGCCACCUACUGUUGUUUGUUAAGUAAUGUUGACCCCUAUCUUGUUUCUUUUGGCAUUAUGUUUAUAUUUUAUUAAAAACUUAAUUACUAUAAAAAUAUAUAAAUAACUUAUUUA